AUGCGUCCGCCAGACAGCUCGUCCGUGGUGCCGUACGACGUCGAGUUCUGGCACCGGCGCCAGGACCCACUGCCGCUCGCUGCGGUCAGCACCGAGAUCAAACCAGCCGUACUGCACAAGAAGCUCGUGCUCCCCUCCCAGGCAGUCACGUUCAUGAUCGGCAAACGCGGGAAGUCCAUCGAGCAGAUCCGGCAGCAGACGUCGGCGGUGAUCAAGAUCCACGAGACGGGUCCAACUAGCACCGACAUGGCGCUGGAGCAGACCCAGCUCUUCGGCUCGUCGCACUCGUUGCAACUCGUCUCCAUCCACGGCUCCCAGUCCGAUGUCGACCACACACAACUCCUUAUCGAGGAAAAACUGAGAUUGUGGAAGAAACAACAGCUGCUCCUUUAUCAGUAG